AUGCAGCAGCCCAUUGCCAUCCCCAGAAGCCACGCCACAGUUGGAGCUCCAGGCCUGCAGCAUCAGCCACUAAUGGCACCUCCAACUAUUGGAAACCCAAAUCCCAUGCCCGCCCAAGCACCGCCGUCCACGAUGCCAACGGCUGGGCCGGAAUCUCAAUCACUUCCAAUCUUGCCAACGCAAUCUCAACUUCAACUCUACUCACCGUCGCCUGUCCUUCCCUCGAGUCUCCCUCCGCGACAAUUCGGCCCUCGUCCUCCAAAGUCCGAAGUCCAGCGUAUCGAAGAAGGCCGACUGCCUCUGGUCAUGGAACAUCAGGAGAUGCACCAUCCAGGUGGCGGAUCUUCCUCGGGCUCUGACGAAGACAUCGUUCCUUCUGCUGUAUAUGGCUAUGCUCAAAACUCGCCUUACGACCCGUCCGAGCCUGGUGUCACUUAUACUCCCACCUCGACCAUCUCUUCCUACACCCCAACAUCGGGUUUUUCAUCUGCGCUGAAUUCGUGGAACUCAUAUGGACCAGGUCCUGGAACAGGUCCAAGACCACGAGGUGGCAGUGGCGGCGCGCCGCCAACAGCUAUGGACAGAUCCUUCUCUAGUGACCCCCAGAAUCCUAGGCCGGGUGGUCCUUUACGGACGCCUUCAAACACCUAUGCUCCUGCUCGGCGACCGCCUCAAUUCCUUUCCCUAAACUCCGGCCGCGCACAUUCAUCACAGGCGAUGCGGUCAUCAAGAAGGGACCCUAAUGCACAAUACAAAGCUCAAGAGAAGGCCUAUGUACAAAAAGUGAGACAGCAGCCGCAGGAUUGGUUCGGCAAUGACCCUCGGACUCCCAGCAUUGGGUACAGCACUGAUGACGAGACUGAUGAAGAUUCUCCCUCGGGAGAGCAUCACUUCGAUGACCCCUACGAUGAGACUCUGAUGUUUCUUGGUAAUGAGGACAAUCUCCAACCGUCGGAAGAAGAAUUCCAAAUUCCUGGCAACCGAGAACGACUGGAAUGGCACUCGAUGCUUGCAUCGGUACUGAAAGGUGACGUGGUCAAGCAAGAGAAGCAGAGGUUAAUCGGCACGUUGGAGCAAAAGACAAGAUCCGAGCUUGGCUCGGAGAUAUGGCUUGGGGUCAGGGCUAAAUACUAUGGACGUCCGAUUGCGAUGCAGAAGCGACUGAUUGAAGAAGCCCGUCAAGAUCUGCCACCCGUGGUUGAGAGCAUCAUUGGUUUUGAGAUCAAGGGUGAAACUGUUGUCGGCAAAACGACAUUGGAACAAGUCCAGGAAGGAGUUGCCAGUAUAGAGAAGUGCGAGUGGCUCUACUCUUCUCGGCAAGCCCUGGAGACAGCUCAUGGCCGAGCGGCCUCUGAAGCAUUCCGAACCAGCUGUGAUGCGAUUUUCGCCUGGCACAACAUCACCCAGUCUAUCAAUACCGAGUUGGGUCUACUUCAAGCAUGGGUGGGAAAUCCAGAGCUCGAUUUCACCAAACAGAAGCACCGUAAUGGGAGUGGAGGUGAUCUGGCCGAUGAGUCCUCUUUCAUCGACCGCAUUCUCAAGGAAGAUGGACUCAAGUCUCUGCAUAGUGACAAGAGCAUGUUGAAAGGAAUUGGAGACGUCAUCAAGAAGGCCAAAGUAACCCUGAUCCAGAAUGCCGGAGCAUUCGCAGCUCGCCAUCUGCCUCCUUAUAUUGAAGAACUUCUGACCCUGGUCAAUUUCCCUUCUCGACUAAUUGUGGAAAUCAUUCGAAUGCGGCUCUCUUACGCGAAAAAGAUGAAGGAAUCUACUCAACAAUCCAUUCUCAUCAUAGACCAGAUGAUUGCACAAUUCCAGAUCCUGAUGAGACUUGCUUGCCUUAUAAAGAAGGAGUACGUCAUGGUAUCAAAUCCGGAACCUGGUUGGGAUUUACCUCCCUGUAUAGACGAGGCGUUCGAUUCUGUUAUUGUCGAUGCCCUAAAGUUCUAUUUCAAAAUGCUGAACUGGAAGUUGAGUGCCAACAAGAACACAUUCCGAGAAGCCGAAAUUCUGGAACAAGAAUGGGGCUUUUCGAAUGAAAUCGGCCGUCACUUGGAGGGCGGAGAUAUCGAGGUCGCCGAACAGUUCAGCUCGUUAACAGCAAAAUCGUUACUCCGGUUGACCGGCUCAUUUGAGCGGGAACUUCGAACCAAGCCCGAUGAAAAUCCAGUUGAGAUGGAAAAACGAUACAAGGCCAUUCUUGACUCGGUCCGUGUGCGUCAAAGAAAACUUUUCCGAUUCUCUCGAAUCCUACGGCAGCGCUUCGAAAAUGCAACCGAGUUCAACCUUGGGAUGGAUUCACAACAACUACAUGACUUUACUGAAUCUCUCCUCGUCUCUGGUCAUUUUGUUGCGGACAUGGGUAGCAAUAGCCCCAAGGGCGUUCUGUUCGUGGCAUCGCCUUCACUUUGGAACAGACCCAAAGAAAUCCAGUCCAUUCUCGGGACGUCAUUCCAUGCGGACGAUGCCCCAGAAGAUCCAUCCAAUCCAUACAUUUUGAUCAUCAGACCAGAAGACGACAUGCAAUGGGAAGGCCCAAGAAUGGAAGUGGAUGUCUUGGAAUUGCCCAGUGAUGUGAGAGUCGGACGGCUGAGACUUGUAGCUGACGGUUCAUCUCAACGUCUGCAGAGCGCAAGAAUUGAAUUCGCCAAUGCAGUUGGACGUGAGCUCGAUGUGGUCAUUGAACAACGAGCCAACCUAUCGCGGGUCAAUUUGGAGCUAGGAAAAAUCAAGAAGACCACUUUCAAACUGUCCAAUACCAUUAUGGAGAGUGUGGAAGUGGUUCGGUCUCAAAACGGCGGGAUUGCAAGUCCAGAGCUGAUACAGUCUUGUUUUGCGUUUGCCACCGAAUUCGGAAAACGAUCUCUCACAUACAUGGAUGCUAAUCGACGUAUGAUGAACAACUUGAAGCUCACUCGAUUGGCUCUCGACUGGGUCAGCUUCAUUUGUGAUGAUUGUGAUGCAGCCGAUAGGAGGACCUUCAAGUGGGCUGUGAUUGCAUUGGAAUUCGCCAUGGUCAUGACGCGCGGACGAAACAUCCUGGACAUUGGCGAAGAGGAUUACAAGCGGAUCCGAGUCAAGGUUGCUGGCUGCAUGUCUGUAUUGAUCUCACAUUUUGAUAUCAUGGGUGCGAGAUCGACGUUGGCAGCACAACAGGAGAAAUCACGUGCCGAAGCCAGUUCUGGACUCAACAAACGACUCGAUUACACCAAGCUGAGAAAUGACGACGACUGUGCUAAACAGAUGUGCGAGCAACGCAUGUGGCAGCUGGAGGAGAUUGAUUCAGCACGUGAAGAACGCGGAACCUCCAAGACCAAUCUUGGUCGUGUGCUCGAGGGCGCGAAUGAGGCUGAUCGAUCACUCACGUUCUUGUCGUCUUCUGCCACCAAUAUCACGAUGAGGUGGCAACAGGGUCAAUUCGUGGGAGGCGGCACUUUCGGAUCGGUCUACGCUGCGCUUAAUCUGGACACAGGCACGUUGAUGGCCGUCAAAGAAAUUCGUCUCCAAGAUCCUCAGCUUAUUCCGACCAUUGUCAAACAGAUCAGUGAUGAAAUGGGUGUCUUGGCUGUGCUGGAUCAUCCAAACAUUGUAUCAUAUUAUGGCAUCGAGGUGCAUCGAGACAAGGUGUACAUUUUCAUGGAAUAUUGCUCGGGUGGUUCCGUUGCCGGUCUUCUGGAGCAUGGGCGUAUCGAGGACGAAACAGUAAUCAUGGUCUACGUCUUACAGAUGCUGGAAGGGUUGGCAUACUUGCACCAAGCACAAAUAGUACACCGUGACAUUAAGCCCGAAAACGUCUUACUGGAUCACAAUGGGGUUAUCAAAUAUGUCGAUUUCGGAGCCGCCAAGGUGAUUGCUCGACAAGGACAAACCAUGAUGGCUGCUGGGGCGGAACCUGUUCAACGUCGAGAAGGGGAAACUGGACACGGAGCAGGAGCUCCCAGGAUGCCUCAAAAGACCAUGACGGGAACGCCAAUGUACAUGUCUCCCGAAGUGAUUCGAGGUGAUGGACCAGCAACCCGAUUUUCUGGAGCGGCUGACAUCUGGUCAUUGGGUUGUGUAGUCCUUGAAAUGGCCACGGGUCGUCGGCCAUGGUCGACAUUGGACAAUGAAUGGGCCAUCAUGUACAACAUUGCCCAAGGCAACCCGCCACAACUGCCCUCUGAGGAUCAGCUCAGUGAGAUGGGCAUUGAUUUCUUGAAUAAGUGCUUCCAGAGGGAUCCGGCCAAACGAAGUACAGCAGCUGAGUUGCUGCAGCACCCCUGGAUCGUAGAGAUCAGGCGGUUGGUGGUUGAUGAGCCUGAGCUGCAAACUCCCAGAAGUGACGUGAGCAGCUCGAGCGGAGGUGUCUCGUUGCCCAGUCGACAGCACUCGUCUGCCUUCUGA